UGUAAAGCAAGUGGUGCAUCAGCUACCACAGCAACAUUUAUACAUUAAUGAUAAAUGUUUCAAUUCUGCUCUUGCAAACUCUGAUACUAUUACACUUGUUGCCAAAACUGGCCCACCUUAGAAACCUUUUUCCUCCUAUAAGACCUCCCCGAUUCAUUCCGUCCUCCUCUACCUUCAAAGGCUCAACAAUCACUGCAGCAAAUUGGAACGCUUCAGCUUCAGGCAUCUACUGCAGAACUUAAACCAUGAUUCCUGGUGAGCUCACAGGACUUCACUACCUAGCACCAGAAAACCCGAUCCUGAUUCCAGCCAACCUUGCCAUGAUGCAAAAUGCAAUACCAGCUUUUCAUUUCAGUAGAUUCUUAAACAGUCUACCUAAUUCCCACAUCCCACUGCCUGCUCAUGAAUUCACUGCACAGUCCUCAAGUAUCAGCAAUAAUUCAACUUCAGAUGAAGCCGAGGAACACCAGCUCGGGGUCAUCGAUGAAAGGAAACAGCGAAGAAUGAUAUCUAAUAGAGAAUCUGCUCGUAGGUCAAGGAUGCGGAAACAGAAGCACCUGGAUGAACUGUGGUCACAGGUGAUUAGGCUUCGCAACGAGAACCACAGUCUCAUAGACAAGUUAAAUCAUGUAUCAGAGUGCCAUGACCGAGUUCUUCAAGAAAAUGCAAGGCUCAAGGAAGAAGCCUCUGAUCUUCGCCAGAUGCUGAUGGACCUAAAAAUCGGCAGUCCAUAUUCUCUUGCAUUGAGAGAGCUGGAAGAGGUUCCCUGCAACACUGCUCACCUGAGAUCUGAGUCGACAAACCAAUCCAUUGCUAACUCUGUAGACUUGCUUCAUUGAGAUGAGAGUUAUCUUACUAUAUAUGUACCUCAGUUUGCUACGGUUGUUAAUCAAGACUUUGCCUUAGUUUGAUCUGUAUGAUAUCAGAAUCAAACCAUGCAAUAACAUCUUUUGAUCAUUUUAUCCUAACUCAUCAGCUUAAUGGUCUACAGACGUUCAGUAAACUGUCCAUGGUUUGAAGCAACUGUUUGCAGCUCUUCUCGCCGCAUAACAUUCCAGAGUUGAAUAUGUGAAAAUGAUAUCUGCAGUGGUCCAUCAGAAGUAAAUCAAAAACUCAAUCAUGACUUUUAUCUAUUAAUCAUUUUAUGAACCCCACCAACUCUGGUUAUAGAAUUUCACCUGAAAUAUGGAUUAGAAAAAAACAGUAUACAGCACUGAGAGACUAAAAAAUAGAAAACCCUGACGCAUAAUAUGAAUUAUAUUUCACCAAUUUUACUGCCAUAAGGGGAAAAACGUUUUUUGUUCUUUUAUCAUGUGCGGUAUACAAUUGUCAAGAAACAAGCUGCUUUUAGAGUGGUGGCCCUUGUGUGAACAAGAUCCAGUCGUGCCACAAAGAGGCCCCAUAGCCAGUCCAAUCUCUAGUGUUGCUUACAAUAACAGGGGCAAGUGGACAAAUGGUGGUGGAGAUGCUGCUAUUAGUGGUUAAUCAUUCAAAUAACUACUAUACCAGGCAAAACACUUGAAAAGGCUCUCCACUAACAUAACCCAAUUCAGCUUUUUUGUGAGGGCAUCAAUUUGCCUGCAUAGCUUGGGUUCAGCCCAGCUUACAUUGUUUUCACCAAAAAGAAGCGACAUCAAGCACAGCCUACGCUUCAGGUGCCUGCUUGAACAAUACCCUUUUUCACCAUGCCAGAUCCAACUGCAUUAGCAAGUCCUAUCCAUAUCUCUCUUGCUUUCUCGUUGUUACGUGUAUGAUCGUGCAAUCCAUGCUUGCUCCUAUGUUAUGGAUAUUCGUCCAAGUGAUGGCGCCACUAACCAGUUUCUGCACAAAUGGGUACAACCUGUAGGCUUCGUCUGUUCUUUACAGAGAUAAACAAGUAAUGCAGAAUAUACUUAGUUUUUUGUUAACGCAUCUAUUUUUUUUAGCAUAAUUGUUACAAUGUUCGUUAUGGUUCCUUUGCUUGACCUGUCUGCUAACCGAACACUCUAUAGCAGUUAACAGAUUUGCCAUUUCUUGGGAGAUCAUUUCAGACCAGGCA